AUGGCGUCCGAACUGGACAACCCUGUUCCCGAGCCGGGCCCAGGCUACAGAAAGCCGCUGUUCAAGUCGUUCACCAGCGACAGGAACCUGAAGCGGUUCUCCAUCUCGGGGCCCGCGCUCAGCGUGGAUACCUCUUUUUCUGAGGUGGGUGCGCCCGCGGACGUUUCAGCGGGCAGUCGCAGAAGCUCGAUCCUGGCCACGCCGUUGGCCACGCCGCUGGCUGCCGGCCACAGCCUGGAGAACGAGGCCAAGAGGUCGAGCGUGCAGCUCGAAAUCGCAGACAUGACGCUGGUGGUGCCCACGCUCGUGCACAAGUGCUGCCAAUUCAUCCUGAGCCAGGGCCCGAAGCAGGGCAUUUUUCGGAUCAACGGCUCGAUCAAGAAGAUCAAGAAGAUCGAGUCGCUGAUCCGCGAGCAGGGAAUUGACGGCUUUGAUUUCAGCACCUGCCGCGUCGAAAACAUCGAUAAUUCAGAGGACACCGCUCCCAACGCGUACGACGCCGCCAUGGUGCUGAAAAGAUGGCUCUCCAACCUCGCCGACGGCCUCAUCACACUGGAUGUAAGCAGGUCUCUGAAAGACGCGGUCGAGUCGCCGCAGGAGGUUCCGGCUCUCGACGAGGCUGAAGACGUUACACAGACAACGGAGGAGGCCUCGCAGACAGAGUCCGAGGACGCGUUCAGCCUCAGUUCCUACAAAACCAUCCCAACGAGCGUUGAGGACACAGACAAGGAGAAGGAGUCGUUGGAAAGCCUGCCCCUGGUCAACUUACAUCUGUUUAUAUAUCUGCUCUCCUUUCUGAACAAGCUGGCACAGCCUGACAUCUGCGACAUCACCAAGAUGCCGUCCUCGAACCUUGCCAAGAUCUUCCAGAUGAGUUUUUUUAAGGUGGACGAUCUGCAACCACAGCUUGCCUCCACUACCAGCACUGACGAUCUUCUACAAAAUUACAAAGCCAACGAGCGGCUCUUGCAAAACUGGAUCACGUCGUACGACGAGCUCGCGGCCAAGCUGCGCGCCUUCGUCACCAACAACCAGCAAAAGCUCAAGGAGACGCUGGCUUCUCCACUGGUGGAGGAAUCGCUGGUCAUGCCUAAGCUGCGCAACCGGUCUGCGACAGAGGACAAGCAGCAGAAAAGACGCUCACUUUUCGGCUACCGCUCUCUCUCCAACGCUCUGAGCUCCAGAAACCUGUCGCAAGUGCUGACUGGCUCGCUUGACGACACGGGAAAGCGUUCUGUCUCGGAUUCUGCCGUGGAGAAGUACCAAAAUACCCAAGACUCCGCCGUGGACAAGAAGCUUAGACACCGCUCGCUGGGAUGGUUUGCCAACUCCAACCUGAGCUCGCCAUCGCUCAGCAGAAAACAGGGCGAGACGCUUACGCCGGUAGCUGUGGCGGGUCCGCUCAGUCUUUCGGCAGACGAUCUACUACACACGGCGGGCGAGGCCCCUGAACAGACGGUGCCGUCCAAUUCAAGCGACGCGACGCUAGAGGUGUCGAAGGCCAGCCCACGCGAUUACGAGCUCAGCGAGAUUAAGGAGUUUGUUGCCCUGGACUCUGCCACUCCUCGGACAGAGGUCGCGGUGGAUACUCUGGACUCGCUCGACGCCAAGCCGAACAAGAAGUACAACAGACUGUCCAAGAUGUUUUCCGUUAGAUUUGGCCUUUCCAGGAUGAUCCACUGA